AUGGAGAAGUAUGAAAAAAUUGGGAAAAUUGGUGAAGGAUCCUAUGGAGUUGUUUUCAAAUGCCGAAACAGGGACACAGGUCAGAUUGUGGCCAUCAAGAGGUUUCUGGAAUCAGAAGAUGACCCUGUCAUAAAGAAAAUCGCCCUUCGAGAAAUCCGCAUGCUCAAGCAACUCAAGCAUCCCAACCUCGUCAACCUCAUCGAAGUCUUCAGGAGGAAGCGGAGGCUUCACCUGGUGUUUGAAUACUGUGACCAUACGGUGCUCCAUGAGCUGGACAGACACCAAAGAGGGGUACCAGAACAUCUCGUGAAGAGCAUAACUUGGCAGACACUGCAAGCUGUAAAUUUUUGCCAUAAACACAGUUGCAUACACAGGGAUGUGAAGCCGGAAAACAUCCUCGUCACGAAACAGUCUGUGAUUAAGCUUUGCGACUUUGGAUUCGCUCGACUUUUGACUGGACCGAGUGACUACUACACAGACUACGUGGCUACCAGGUGGUACCGCUCCCCAGAGCUGCUGGUGGGGGACACGCAGUACGGACCCCCAGUAGAUGUUUGGGCGAUUGGCUGUGUCUUUGCUGAGCUGCUGUCAGGGGUUCCUCUAUGGCCAGGAAAAUCAGAUGUGGAUCAGCUCUAUCUGAUUAGGAAAACCUUGGGAGACCUCAUUCCUAGGCACCAACAUGUAUUUAGCACAAAUCAGUACUUCAGUGGGGUAAAAAUUCCAGACCCUGAAGAUAUGGAACCACUUGAAUUAAAAUUUCCAAAUAUCUCUUAUCCUGCCCUGGGCCUCUUAAAGGGCUGUCUCCACAUGAAUCCUGCCGAGAGACUGACGUGUGAGCAGCUGUUGCAGCAUUCGUAUUUUGACAGCAUCAGAGAAAUAGGGGAUUCGGCAAAAGAGCAUGAGAAACCAACAAGGAAGACCCUACGACGGAGCCGAAAGCACUUGCCGGGGUUGCAGUGCCUACCUCAGCUGACCAGCAGCAGCAUCCUUCCAGCUCUGGAUAACAAGAAAUAUUGCUAUAACACCAAGAAACUUAACUACCAUUUUCCAAACAUUUAA